AUGCGGAUCUCCAAAGGCAACCCGCAACUCCUCUCACUUCUCCUCCUCACCCUCUCCAAUACCUCUCCAGUGUCCGCAGGUCCCUUUCCCAAAGAUGAUAUUCACGAUCUCGGCUUCUCAUACCUUAUGGACCGCUCUUGCGUUUCCUACUGCGGCGCCGACAACCAAUAUUGUUGUACCGCCGGCCAAGCCUGCUACACUUCUUCAGGAAACGUAGCUUACUGUUCUGCCUCUACUGCUGGCUCUGGUGGUUGGGCAGUCUACACAACCACCUACACCGAAACCGAUUUAUUAGUCGGAACAAGCACAUACAGUUCCUACUACGCUACCACUACCUCUGGAGGCAGCGCCGCCAUCUGCGAUACCACUACGGGCGAAACUUCCUGUGGAACAAUUUGCUGUGCCAGCGAUCAGAUGUGUGAAUACAGUGGUCAAUGUACUGCUAGAACAAGUCUAUGGUCCUACACUGCUACUUCUGGUACUUACUCCGCUCCUGUUCGACCAACAGGUGCCGCAACAUCUACUGCCACCGUCUCAGCCACGACUACCGAGCCCUUUAUCCCGCCUGCUACUGCCAGCGGAAGCACCUUACCCAUCACGAGCACUAGCUCGAACAACUUGAGCGGAGGCGCUAUUGCUGGAAUUGUCAUCGGUACGAUUUUCGGAGUUAUUCUCUUGCUCCUCUUGUGUUUCUGCUGUAUUGUCAAGGGACUCUGGGAUUCCGUUCUCGCUCUCUUCGGUGGUAAAUCCCGAAGACGCGAAGGUGGUACUCGUACCGAGCGUAUCGAGACCGUAGAGCGUUAUCACAGACAUGGAUCUACAGCUGGAGGAGCUGCCAUGGGAGGAGCUGCCGCAGCUCGUAGAGAAAAUAAUGGAUGGUUUGGAGGUGCGCGAACGGAUAAGCCAACGAGGGUUGUAGAGACGAGGAAGAAGGAGAGUAGUGGAAUGGGAGGAAUGGGUGCUGUGGGUGCGGGAUUGGUAGGGCUGGCAGCGGUGUUGGGAUUGAGGAAGAAGGAGGCGGAGAGGAAGGAUGAGAAGAGGAGACCGGGGCCUACGACGACGGUGACGGAUAUUAGCAGUACUUACUAUACUGAUAGUUACACGGGAACGAGUGCUAGUUCCGCAAGCUCGGACAGGAGAACGAGAGAGGAUACGAGGAGAGAUAGAGAUAGGAGCGUGAGGAGAUAA